GAUCCUGCCCUAAACGCCAGGCUGAAACAAUGGGCCCCGCUUUUUGGCCCAGCGGCUUUCCCGGUGGCGCUUGAUCACGUGAUGGUCAGCCCUCCCUCUCGUCACCAACCGCCCUCCACCACACACACACUUUUUCCCCGAAGCUUGCUUUUCCCCCCCCUCUCCCAGCUUCCCAAGUCGUCCACGACUAACCUCCCAAGACACCUCAUACUAACCUCACCUGCAGUGAGGGGGACACGUGCAGCGGUUGCCUCUCUUGACGACCCUGUGUUUGCCACCCCCAAAGCUUCGCGUCUGCUUCUCCGCCUUGAUCGCCCCUGUGUUGGCAGGCACAAGCUUCGUGGCCUUGGUCGGGACAGCGCAUAAGGCUACCUUUCUAGCGCGAGCAGGAAGCUCUUGACUAGUCCGAAGCUCAACCACUAAUCACACUGCUUUCAGCAAUCCGAUCACAAAAAUGUCCUUAGUUUCGGGUCCUGGUAGGGCUGCUGGGACUGAAUCCAACUUGAACCUUAGUGUCGAAAGACAUGUGGAUUACAUCAAGAACUUGGACAGCAGGAGGGAUGAGCUAGAAUAUUGGCUUACAGAACAUCUUCGCCUGAAUGGGGUGUAUUGGGGCUUGACAGCUCUACAUCUCCUUGGCCGUCCCGAUGUCCUUCCUCGUGAAGAUACCAUUGACUUCGUUCUCUCGUGUCAACGGGAGAAUGGAGGCUUCGGAGCAGCUCCGGGCCAUGAUGCACACAUGCUGUACACAGUGUCGGCAGUGCAAAUUCUCGUAACCCUAGACGCGGUGGAUGAGCUGGAGAAGCGCGGUCUAGGAGGAAAAGAGAAGGUUGGCUCGUUCAUCGCAGGGCUACAGGACAAAGACACUGGCGCUUUCAUGGGUGAUGAAUGGGGUGAGAGAGAUACACGCUUUCUGUAUGGCGCGUUCAAUGCACUCUCCCUUCUCGGGCUUCUUCACACAGUUGAUGUACCCAAGGCCAUUUCCUAUGUCCAGCAGUGUGAGAACUUAGACGGUGGCUAUGGCAUCCAACCUGGAGCUGAGUCACAUGCCGGUCAAAUCUUCACUUGCGUAGGAGCUCUGGCAAUCGCCGGACGACUGGACUUGGUAAACAAGGACCGUCUUGGGGGCUGGCUCAGCGAAAGACAGGUUGAAAAUGGUGGUCUGAACGGAAGGCCCGAGAAACUGCCCGAUGCAUGCUAUAGCUGGUGGGUUGGUGCGAGCUUGGCUAUGAUCGACAAACUCCACUGGAUCGAUGGUGGCAAGCUCUCUGCUUUCAUCUUGCGCUGUCAGGAUUCGGAGGCUGGGGGCAUCGGAGACAGACCAGGCAGCAUGGUUGAUGUGUUUCACACCCAUUUUGCCAUCGCUGGUUUGAGUCUGUUGAAGUUCAAUGGCAUCCAAGAAGUAGAUCCAGUCUAUUGUAUGCCGAAGGCAAUUACACAGAAAUAUCUGCAACGGUAAUCUUUGGCUGUAUGAUGACAUCACCUCUUGAGUACUUUUUCUUGACGUAGGCCUCACCUCCUGCAAUCUAAUAACCCGUUCUUCUUUUUCUCCAUGGAUUAUGGGAUACAAGGCAGGAGAAGAGUGAUUGGCACUGUGACUUAUUUCCGCUUCAUACCCCCUCACAAUAGCCUUACGGAAAGGCUGUUAAGACACAGUGGCACAUGAACCGUAAUUAUAGUCAAGAUAUACAGUAGCUAAUUAAUCAACCUGGAAGAUGAAUGAAAUUUGUUGUAUCCUUG